GUUGUCUCGAAUUACCACCUGAAAACAUACACUAAUAUCUCGUAGAACCACUCACUCGUGCAUUCCAGUCUGAUCCCUAAUAGGAGGAAGAGGAGCACGUUUGAAGAUAUGAUCAACAGUUCGUCUUCCAAACAGGUCGGUCAAGAUCAACAGGCUACAAGUGAGCCCAGAUCACCGCGCCCCAAAAUCAAAAUGGUCAAAUCCGAAGAAAGUGACAAGAGGAUAUUGAAUAAAAAACUCAAAGACGUUGAAAUAAGCAUUCCCAUCGUGUAUGGUAACGUCUCAUUCUGGCUUGGUAAGAAGGCAAGCGAGUACCAGUCGCACAAAUGGACUGUGUAUGUUCGUGGGGCGACGAAUGAGGAUAUAGGGGUGGUGAUAAAACGUGUUGUUUUUCAGUUGCAUUCCAGUUUCAAGAACCCCACAAGGGUUGUAGAGUCGCCGCCAUUUGAGUUAUCGGAAGCUGGGUGGGGAGAAUUCGAAAUCGCCAUUACUCUCUACUUCCAUAUCGAUCUCUGUGAUAAGCCAUUGACCUUAUAUCAUCAUUUGAAGUUGUACCCAGAGGAUGAAUCUGGACCCAUGUCCAGUAAAAAGCCUGUUGUUGCGGAAUGUUUUGAUGAGAUCGCGUUCCCUGAACCUUCAGAAGGCUUUUUAGUUCGUGUGCAGAAUCAUCCUGCUGUAAAUGUGCCCAGAUUACCCACUGGAUUCACUUUGCCGCCUCCUGAACUUUUUGUAGUACCAUUUGAGGAUGCAAAUAGAAAGAAGAGAGGUGACACUAAAGACCACCCCUUGAGUCAGUGGUUCAUGAAUUUCUCAGAAGCAGAUGAACUAUUACAACUUGCAGCAGCUCGUCAGCAGGUACAAGCUUAUCUUGCUAAACUCAGGAGACAAAUAAGCAUGAUAGACGGACAGCAUCAGCAGUUGAAAACAAUCUCUGACUCGUGAAUAUUACCUUAUUCAUGCAGAUUCUGUGGCAUUCAACUUCAAAUUGCUUUUUGCAUCAUAUACGCCUGUUGCCCUUUUUGCAACAGUGAUGUGCAUCUCCUCAGCUGUGGAGAAUAUUUUGACUGUCUCACUUAUAGAUAUUUAAAAAAAAAAAAAAAAAAAAAACUAUAAAUAAGGAGGAAAACAUAUAUGUAUCAUUAAAUCAACAAAAGAAAUGAAAGCAUUUAUCAUAAAUGCAUGAAACAAAAGCAUGUGUCUGGUGGACUUUUUUUUUC